AUGCUUAAAUUCUUUAGAGGAGGACUGCGCAGAGUCUGUUGUUUUGAUGCAAAGAAGUCUGCCUUUGGUCGACUGAGUAAUAUUACGAGAAUUUGGUUUUCCCCACUGCCCGCGAAAUCCAAAUGGAUUAAACCAUGCUGCGUUCUUUACCUGGAAAACGAUAUUAAGAAGGAGACGCACAUUGUUAAAGUUCUUGACGGUGUCUUGGUGGUUUUAUACAACAAGUCUCGGGAUAAAUUAAUUUUUGUACGGCAGUUUAGAGCUGCAGUUUACCAAGCUCAGAUGAGCCGCAAAAAGCCAAUCACCAAGGGGGAUGUGGAUCUGCAAAAGUUUCCGCCGGAGCUGGGCAUCACGCUGGAGCUGUGUGCGGGCCAAGUCGAUAAGGACCAAAGCCUGAAGAAUAUAGCACGGGAAGAGAUUCUCGAGGAAUGUGGCUACGAUGUACCCGCCGACAGCAUACAGCCGAUUUUUCACUACAGAUCUGGCGUGGGAAUUUCAAGCGGCGCGCAGGCAUUGUUCUAUUGCGAGGUGUGCGAUGAACAGAGAGUAUCCGCGGGCGGUGGAGUAGACAAGGAGGUAAUACAGGUCGUGGAGUUGUCGCUGGAUGAGGCUAGGGAGCUGGUCAAAACAGGGAUGACAACAAACGGCGGACCGGCGCUGCUGGUGGGCGUGAUGUGGUUUCUGCUCAAUAAAGCUCCAAAAUCUUCGUAACGACAAUCAAAUAUCAGUGUGACCAUGUCCGAUACGGAUUUAAAUGUCAUAAAGCUUGCCCGCAACUGCCAUAAGCUUUUGUUGUUGUU